AUGAGACUGGCAGCCUUUCUCGUCGUGUUCAUCGUCCUUGGUGUCACUCCCUCAGCCGCUGCAGGAUUCAGCUCAAUAGCUGAAAGUGAAGAUGCCCUCCUCAGACACUUAUUCCGAGAUUAUCAGAAAUGGGUUCGCCCUGUAUUAAAUUCUAAUGACACCAUAAAAGUAUAUUUCGGAUUGAAAAUAUCUCAGCUCGUAGAUGUGUACGCUGAUUUGGUGCAGGAAUGGACAGACCACAAAUUACGCUGGAAUCCUGAUGAAUACGGUGGAAUUCGUUCAGUUAAAGUUCCAUCGGAAUCUCUCUGGCUUCCCGACAUAGUUCUCUUUGAAAAUGCUGAUGGCCGUUUCGAAGGCUCCCUCAUGACCAAAGUCAUCGUGAGAUCCAACGGCACCGUCAUUUGGACGCCCCCCGCCAGCUACAAAAGCUCGUGCACCAUGGACGUCACGUUUUUCCCAUUCGACCGGCAGAACUGCUCCAUGAAGUUCGGGUCAUGGACUUACGAUGGAACCAUGGUUGACCUCGUUCUGAUCAAUGAAAAUGUUGACAGGAAGGACUUCUUCGAUAACGGAGAAUGGGAGAUACUCAAUGCAAAAGGGAUGAAGGGCAACAGGAGAGACGGUGUCUACUCCUACCCGUUCAUCACGUACUCGUUUGUCCUGCGCCGCCUGCCCCUCUUCUACAGCCUCUUCCUGAUCAUCCCCUGCCUAGGGCUGUCUUUCCUGACAGUGCUUGUGUUCUAUCUCCCUUCCGACGAAGGGGAAAAGCUGUCCCUGUCCACCUCGGUGCUGGUUUCCCUGACCGUGUUUCUCUUAGUCAUUGAGGAAAUAAUCCCCUCUUCCUCCAAAGUCAUUCCUCUCAUUGGGGAGUACCUGUUGUUCAUUAUGAUUUUCGUGACCCUGUCGAUUAUUGUGACAGUUUUCGUGAUUAACGUUCACCACAGGUCCUCUUCCACUUACCACCCCAUGGCCCCCUGGGUGAAGAGACUCUUUCUGCAAAAGCUUCCUACAUUGCUUUGUAUGAAGGACCACGUGGAUCGCUACUCUUUCCCAGAUAACGAUGAAAGUCAACCAGUAGUGAAAGGUAAAGCUCUAGAAAAAAGGAAACAAAGACAGGUGAAUGAUGGAGAAGCAGUUCUUGUUGCUUUCUUGGAAAAGGCAACUGAUUCCAUCAGAUACAUUUCAAGACACGUGAAAAAGCAGCAUUUCAUCAACCAAGUGAGUGCACUGGUGUUCAUCCCAACACGUCCACCGAAGCAUGCAAAAACCAAUGUUCUCUUAUCUCUUUACAGCAAAAUGCUGUCACUGUUUAAAUGUGACACUAUUAGCUAUCUGUUUUUCACGUGUAAAAUGUUAAGCAAGCCCUGA